ACUGGAUGAGCCAUUUUGAGCUCAGUUGCUAGUCUGCAGGCGCUUUGGACGGUAGAGGGGAGGGUUUUCCUUUGUAGGAAACGGAUUUUGUUGGCGUUUAACCCGUUUUUGCGGCACCCGUGAAAUCACGUUAGAUUUGUUUCAGAGAAAACUUCUACCUUAGACGUCUGGUUUCUAUUUAGAUGGCAAGCUUUCCCGACUUUGUAAACGAAAAUGAAAUAGCAAGAUCACAGGCCAUCGGGGAACUCAUAUCACCGACGACUCCCUUUGAACAGAAGUAUGGCCGUGAAAACUGGACGGUGGCUUUCGCUCCAGAUGGUUCCUAUUUCGCUUGGUCUCAGGGUCACCGUAUUGUAAAACUGGUUCCUUGGUCUCAGUGCCUUAAGAACUUCGCUUCUUGCAGCAGACAGAACGGUGUUAACUCGAAUACAAGAUUGUCCAGGCAGAACAGUGAUGUUGGUCAGAAGAAUAAGCCGCUUGAGCAUACUAUAGACUGUGGAGACAUUGUCUGGAGUCUUGCGUUUGGGUCCUCUGUGCCUGAAAAACAGUCUCGUUGUGUUAAUAUAGAAUGGCACCGUUUCAAAUUUGGGCAGGAUCAGCUUCUCCUUGCAACAGGGCUGAGCAAUGGACGCAUCAAAAUAUGGGAUGUUUACACAGGGAAGCUCCUCCUUAAUCUAAUGGAUCACACUGAAAUUGUCAGAGAUUUGACUUUUGCUCCUGAUGGCAGCCUUAUACUUGUUUCUGCGUCCAGAGACAAAACUCUCAGGGUCUGGGAUCUCAAAGAUGACGGAAACAUGAUGAAAGUGCUACGAGGACACCAAAACUGGGUUUAUUGCUGUGCGUUCUCACCAGAUUCCUCCAUUGUGUGCUCUGUUGGAGCUGGCAAAGCUGUGUUCUUGUGGGAUAUGGAUAAAUAUACUAUGAUCCGUAAACUAGACGGACAUCACAAUGAUGUGGUAGCUUGUGAGUUCUCCCCUGACGGGGCUCUUUUGGCUACUGCGUCCUAUGAUACCAGAGUCUAUGUCUGGGAUCCCCAUAUUGGGUCAAUACUCCUUGAAUUUGGGCAUUUAUUUCCUCCUCCUACACCAAUAUUUGCAGGGGGUGAUAAUGGUCGUUGGGUGAGAUCUGUUUCUUUCAGUCAUGAUGGCUUACAUAUUGCAAGCCUCGCUGACGAUAAGUUGGUGAGGUUCUGGAGAAUUGACAGCUCUCACCCAGUAGAAGUUGCAUCUGUGAAUAAAGGGCUGUGCUGUGCCUUUUCAACCGAUGGCAGUGUUCUAGCUGCAGGAACUCAGGAUGGAAAUGUGCAAUUCUGGGGAACUCCAAAGUAUGUUUCCAGCCUUCAGCACUUAUGUCGCAUGGCAAUAAGAAGAGUGAUGACGACAAAUCAAAUCAAGAAGCUGCCUAUUCCUCCAAAAAUCAUGGAGUUUCUUUCUUACCAAAUUAUGUAGAGCAUUUCCAUUAACGAGUUACAGCUGAAACUGGCAAUAUGUCCAAACACUUUAUGCUUUAAAUGUUACAAGUUAUUCAAUAUUUAAAGUACAGUAUUUAAACAUUUUCAUGCAUUUUGCAUAGAGCUUUAAUUCUGAUGGAAUGUUCUAAAUUCUUGAAGUGUGAUUGGCCAACCUUUUGUAUAACUGUGAAAUUGUGUAUAUGUAUAUAUAUGUAUAAGCUGGUGUGUCUGUGUGUAUUGUUUAAAUAUAGACCUUGGAUGUGUGGCUUCUUAAGAAUCUGUUGAAAGUUUGGAUGCAAUCAACCAGUAUAUGUAGGAAUGGUAUGCUGCUGUUGUUACAGGGCAAGGCUCAAGAUUUUGAGAAAUAGGUUCCAGGAAUGACUGCACUAUUCCCCCCCCCCUUUUUGGCUCAGGAGUGGUGGAUCAGUUAUUUACUGAUGAUAUACAGUCCCUUUAAACUAUUAUAGAUUGUGGUCUGGCUGCAGUAUGUUAAGGGGGUAAUUUUGGUUAGCUGCCAAAUAUGAGCAAAGUGUUAGCUGUUGCCUUCUGCUGUUUAUUUGCACUCGCAGAUUUCAUGAAUGUAUGCAGUGCACAAAUUGCUUAACCAUAUAUUUUUGUUGAAUUUUGUUUAAAGGUCUAUAAAUAAACUUUUUUUUUUAAUGCA